AUUAAUAUAUAAGCCCAUUAUAUUAUCAAAAAAAAAUUUGUCAAAAUUGGCUUCGGUGAUAUCAUUUGCGGGUUUUUUGGAAACGGGUGCGAUAAUGCAAGUAUUAUAUGGAUUCGGGCAGUUAAUAUUUGGCAGUUACCCUACCUGCGAUCAGACGCAGCAGUUAAGAGUUGAGAAUAUCUCCCAAAGCGGGAGAAAGUGCGAGAGGGAAAACCGCGAGAAAAAUAAUACAAUCACACAAUAGCCGUUGAUUCUUUUCAAUUCUUUUUUGGUCCCGUCGAAUCUUUAACCGUCCGUCUCUUCAACGGCGGUGGCUUUCCUCUCGUCUCCGCCGUCCGAUUACUAUAUCCGAAAAUUAAGAUCAUAAAACUUGGUGGACGUGGUUGCCAGUAUGGAUGAAUUUUUGGGAAACCCCAGAAUCAGUCCACCCCUGCAUACUUGGUUAUAGACUUUUGCAGCCAAGAAUUAGCAGAUGGCAUCUUCAAUGUAGCAGUUUCACUGAGUCUCUCGUUUUUUUUGCCGCAAGCCUUCCAAUGUGAUAAUUAUAGAAGCAAUUAGAGUUUCACUUUUCUUUAUGAUGGUUGUCUUCAGCGUACCAUUUUGCCACAUUUAUUGCUGGCAUUUGAGAUCAGUGUCUGCAUGAGAGAAAAGGCUCUCUGCUAUCACCAUCUAUGCUGCAGGCUUCAAGAUCUUCAAUUUCUUCUCUUCAUUCCACUUGUCCUGAUCUGGACCGCUCUUUACACCCAGAUAUGGCAGUUGCAACUUUUAGAGAAGCCCUCAGUGGUGAGUGUUGUGGGAAUAAGAAAUUGGAAAGAAAAUCUUCUGGAAGGAGACGUGUAUUUGUUCAGACUGAAACUGGCUUCGUUUUGGGUAUGGAAUUGGAUAGGAGUGACAAUGCCCAUACGGUAAAGAGGAAAUUACAACUUGCCCUUAAUGUCCCAACUGAGGAAAGGUCAUUGAUUUUUGGGGAUAUGGUGUUAAAAAAUGAUCUCAGUGCAGUUAGGAAUGCUUCCCCUCUUCUUCUCACCAAGAACUAUAUGCAUAGAAGUUCAUCUACCCCAUGUCUUUCACCUACUGGGAAGGAUCUUCAACAGAGUGACCAGAGUGGUCCAAUUGAGAUCUUAGGAUUUUCAGAUCAUUUUGCUAGAGUAAAAGAACUAGUGAAGGAAAUUAUGAUGGCAAUGAGGGUUGGGGUUGAUCCUAUUCCUAUUCAUAGCGGUCUUGGAGGGGCGUACUAUUUCAAAAAUUGCCAUGGUGAAAAUGUUGCUAUUAUAAAGCCUACAGAUGAGGAACCAUAUGCCCCUAAUAAUCCAAAAGGUUUCGUGGGCCAAGCUCUGGGGCAGCCCGGCUUGAAACGUUCAGUGAGGGUUGGGGAGACGGGAUUCAGAGAAGUAGCAGCUUACCUUCUUGACUAUAAUCACUUUGCUAAUGUGCCCUCAACUGUCCUUGUGAAGGUCACCCACUCAAUAUUCAAUGUUAAUGAUGGGGUGAAGGGAAAUAAGCAGCAACAAAGAAAGCAGGUCAGCAAGAUUGCAUCUCUGCAGCAGUUUAUACCUCAUGAUUUUGAUGCAAGUGAUUAUGGGACUUCAAGCUUUCCCGUUGCUGCUGUGCAUAGGAUAGGGAUAUUAGAUAUACGAAUACUGAAUACAGACAGACAUGCUGGGAACCUUCUGGUGAGGAAGCUUGAUGGGAUUGGGAGGUUUGGUCAGGUAGAGCUUGUUCCAAUUGACCAUGGCCUUUGCCUCCCAGAAAGCUUGGAGGAUCCUUACUACGAGUGGAUCCAUUGGCCACAGGCAUCAAUUCCUUUUUCUGAGGAUGAGCUUGAUUAUAUUAAUCGUCUUGAUCCCUUUCAGGAUUCUGAUAUGCUUCGAAGGGAGCUACCCAUGAUUCGAGAGGCAUGCCUUAGGGUUUUGGUGGUUUGCACAAUUUUCCUCAAGGAAUCUGCAGCUUUUGGUCUCUGUCUUGCUGAGAUUGGAGACAUGAUGAGUAGGGAGUUUAGAGGCCACAUGGAGGAACCUAGUGAACUUGAGCUUAUAUGCAUUAAGGCAAGGAGUCUGUUAGGGGAAACAGAAUAUCUUUCUUAUGAGGUGAAAUCAGGAAAUAGCGAGGAGUUUCAGUUUGAUAUUGAUUGUGAGGAGUUAGAUUUGACAUUAAAUACGGCAGAGAAAUUGGAAGUGAAACCUCUCUGUUCAGGGGCCAGAGGUGUAAAUGUCCAAACUUCACUCUCCAAGCUGAUGGAGAGUCUGGAGGAGGAGGACAUUGAAGACAGUGAAGGGAAUGAGUUAACUUUAAGCACUGAUGAAUAUGCUGAUUCCAUGCAGGACUGGGUUUCAACCAUUUCAAAGAUGCCAAUAUUAAAAAGCACCAGUGCUGGUGAGAAGAGUUGGCAACAUGAAGGUGCAAUGCAGAAAAAUGGCUAUUUGGCUGGUAUAUCUUCUGGAAAUAGGAGUGUGAAUGAGCAGCUUGGUGCAAGCCCCACUUUUGUGAAGCUGGCUGAUCUAACUGAAAGGGAGUGGGUGCAGUUCCUUGAGCAUUUCCAGAAGUUACUUGGCCCAGCUUUUGCUAAUCGUGAAUCAGGGAAUGUUGGUCAGAGGCAGAGACAGAGGCUUGGAACUUCCUGUCAGUUUUGAGUGUCAGUUAAUGGGUAUUUAAAAAUGUGGGAAAUGGUAAUUAGAAAAUUUGCAACCAGAAAUAUGCAGGUGAUUUGGUUCAUAUGUCUCGUCUGAGGAGGAUGGAUUUCAUUUAUAUGCCAAAUUUGGAUGGUAAAGCGUGGUUAUCAGCAGCGGCUAGAGGUGAGGCUUAAGUUUUUAUUCUUCUAUGUUUAAUCUCUCUCACUUUUCGGUUGGACUGCUCCAACUUUAGCAUUAAGAGUGUUGAAUAUAACAAAAUACAGUGUGUAGGGAGCAAUAAGACAUGUAUAGUUGUGGUUGUCAGUGUAGGAGUUGCAAACUGUAUAUGCUUGGACUAAUUAUAAGGUAUUUGCUGUGUCCUCCCUAUAGUAGUUAGAGAUGAAAAUAAUGGCUGUACGUCUCUUUGAUGUUCAGCUCUCUGAUGUAUGUGAUAUUUUUUGUUUAGCUGUUUAGCUUGCAGAUAUUGCUUGUAUUCUGAUCAAUAAAAGUAAGGUGCAGAAAAUGGGAUUUUGGCAA